UUUGAUUUACCAGUCAGAACAAAAAGAGCAAAGAUUUCUUUAUCCCGAUUGGUCCGAUGCCAUGUAAGAUGAAGCUUAAGAGGAGGUUAUGCAGAUAAUUAUUUACAUGUGAAAUUUAUUCUCCUGUCUUGAGUGUCUCUCAUUAAGGCUUGAAUGAUGAUAACCUGCGCGAUCAAAGGUUGUCCCUCUACACAGUUCACAAAGAUAAAUGGCGAUCAGAUAUCGUUCUUUGCAUUUCCAGAAGAUGAUGGAGUAAGGAAUCAGUGGCUUGAGAAUUGUAAUUUAGCAUCUGGCAUCGUUAAUGAUGCAAAGACUCCAUAUCUUUGUGAACUGCACUUUGAAAAGGUUGAUUUUACAUCAUCCAAAGAUCUGAAAGCAGAAGCUGUUCCCACAUUGUUUGGCCACAUAGAAGAACCCUCAAGAAAACGUUCAGCUGAAGGUACACCAGAAACUACAGUGAAAAAAAUGUCCUUUAAAGAUGAAAGCUUGAAUGAACAAAUUGUAACAGUAUCAGAAAGUUCACCUUUGCAACAUGAUGUCGCAAAACAAAAUGAUAAAAGUAAAACGAAUAUAUUAGUUGAUAGUGAAAGAGAUAUGAAUGGUUGUGACACAAGUUUUGAACAUGAAAAAUCCAAAGAGAAAAAGUCAAAGAUAUAUCGUCUGACUAUAAGAAUCGAUAAGAUACGAAAUAUAUCAGUUCUGAAGAAUAAGCCUGUAAGUUUUACAGGAACAGAGAAUAUAAAAUCUCAAGAGUUAGAAAAUCGCAAAAAUAUCUGCAAGAACAAUAGUUGCAAACUGAAAAAAUGCUUAUUUUAUUCAAAACCGGCACUUCAGUGUGAAGUGUGUAAAGAAUAUUAUUUUCAAAAAGAAGAAGACACUUACUCGUGUUCCGUGUGUUUCGAGACUUUCUCCACUCCACACAAGUUGUUCAUUCACAUUAGGAAACAUUUUACCUGUGAAAUUUGUCUUUUAGAGAGUGACUCUGAAGCAGCACAUGAGAACCAUCUAAUAUCACAUAAUAGUAACGAUCCGUCAAAUCCGUUCAAAUGCAAUCAGUGCUACAAAACAUUUGCCUACAAAGAAAAGGCCAAGCAUCAUUGCUUGAACGAGCACGUCAAAGUGAAGUUACCGACCAAUGUAGUUCAAGUUAAUUCACCAUCUGUAAUUUUGCCACAACAAAUAAACUACCAAUGUGCACACUGCAAGCUUAAUUUUAAGACCGAACAAUCUUACAAUGAUCACUUAAAAUCUCAUAAAACAAACGAAGACAUAAAAUAUAAUAUGAGCGAUACCAACAACAUAAUCGCGGUCCCGAAUUCUUUGACUGGGAAUCAAAUAGGUAUCCUUCAGGCGGUGAAGUUUAGCUGUCGGGUGUGCCAAAAACAAUUUGACAAUGUCGGCGAAGUUGACAUACACACCAAGACUCACUUGAACGAGAGAAAAUCCUUGUCUCAGGAUGGACUCAAGUGUAAUAUUUGUAAGAAAACUUUUACAGACAAUGUUGUAUUUGGUGAGCACUUGAAACAUCAUUUGUCGCGCGCGUAUCCUUGUCCAGUUUGCUCAAAAGCCUUCAUAAAUCGAACCACUUUGAAAGCACACUUAGAAACGCACUCUAAGUCAUAGCGAUUUUUCUAAAAUAGGUAUUAGAGUGUGAAUAUACUUUGAUUAAACAAUGAAAAUAAUGACAAAAAUGAUGUCAAAGAUAAUAUGCAAAUUUACUAUUUUGCGUGAAGCACUUUUUAUUUUGAAUAUCGAUUCUUUGCACUAGAAAAGUUUGCUAAAUGUCUUAUUGUUUGCAGAUGAUCGAUAUAUAAAAUUUAUAUUUAUUUUAUUAUAUUUUUAUCCACUGAUUCGGGAAUAACUUGAAGUAUAUCGUUUAGAAGUGUGUUUAUUUUGAUAACUUGCAGCUUCAGUAGAAAAACAAACACGAAUAGAAAUUUAUAAUCUACUCUCUUUGCAUGAAGUCACGUUUGGCAAUGACUAAUUAAUUCUUUUUUAGAAGAGAAUUAAGUUAUUUGUAUUUGAAUUAUAAAACUGUGCUUUACAGCGCUUGUCUCUAUUAUCAUAAUUCGAUUAUUUCUUAUCGAAAUGUAUAAAUAUAUUAUUACUUUCUCGUUUGAACGACUUCGUUUCAACGAUUAUUUAAUAUUAAAAAAAUAAAAAUAUUUGUCUUUAAAAAUUACGACACGCGCGCGAAGAUUUAUAUUUUCGUACGUUGUUUAUGCACAUAUAUGCAUAUGCAUG